AUCUUACAAAACAUUUCAAAGAGCAGAUCAAGAAAAAUGAAAGUGUGAUAAAGGAACAAAGAGAGAAAAGAAAAAAGAAAACAACUAUGAUAGUUACAGAAUAAACUUGUACAUAUUACAUGUUUCGUUUUUACAGCUUUUUUGAAUCCGAUAUUGGAAUAAGAUACAAUUUCACAUCCGUUMCAAAGAGGUCAAAAAGUGGCUUUCUAUGCAUUAUUUUAAUAUUAUGAAUAUGAAACUUUCCCAGAAACAAAAUCAGAUUGAUAAUACAUCUGGCAGAAGAGUCUUUCACCAUAAAAAUAUGUAAUCGUAAAUGCCUCAGCCUUCACCUUGAAAUUACGUCAUCUGACACGCCCAGUACCUGGACGUGGACCAAUUGGCUUUAACCAAAACUAUAUGUUGAGUCCUUCAACUGGCGUGGACCAAUCACGCUGUAGUUCGUGGAAGGAAGGGGGCGGGUUCAAAAUGACGUUAGUUUAACGGAAGUACUAUGUUUCACCUUUCACAAUAAGGUUUACCUUUUACAAUAAGGCCAUGCAAGCGUCCUGUGAUUAGAAAGAAUGAAAUAUUAAUUCAAAACCAAAUAACAUCUAGUUUUUAAUUAAAGACUCUGUUAAUUUUUCUGGCUGCUCGCUCCCAGCACUCUGGAUUUUGUUCCCCACUUUGAGCACCACCGGAAACGGCUCGUUUUAUUGUUGUAACUUGACGGCGGUUUCCUGAUUGAAGCAUCUUCCGUGGGUCCAACCGGGUCCAAUGAGGUGACGCCGCGUACCGGGCCCGACUGCGGCGAGGAGGCUGUUGAUAAGGAAAAUCCAAAAACUCUUAAAGAGUGAGAGCUGAGAGGCUGAAAACCAAGACAAGGUUCGGUUAGCUGCAGUCAGUCCGCGCUCGGAGAGGCUCAGCCUGCGUGUGGUUCUGUUCGGUUUCCACCGGUACCAGCUUGAAGAAGAAGAAGAAGAAGAAGAAGAAGAAGCCGUUUCAUGAUGGRGGGGAAGAAUCUAGUGCUGGUCGCUCUCACCUGCCUUGUUCUGGUGAUGCUGCCUUCGUACACAGUGACUGUAGCUGUCAUGUCAGUGGACAUGGGCAGCGAGUGGAUGAAGAUGGCCAUCGUUAAACCUGGUGUGCCCAUGGAGAUCGUUCUCAACAGGGAGUCGAGAAGGAAAACGCCGGCGGUGGUGUGUCUCAAAGAAAACGAGCGCCUCUUUGGAGACAGUGCACUGGGAGUGUCUGUGAAGAACCCCAAACUGGUGUACAGGCACCUCCAAAGCCUUCUGGGUAAAAAGCACGAUAACCCUCAGGUCGAUCUGUACCAGAGACGCUUUCCUGAGCACCAGCUGGAGGAGGACCACGUGAGAGGCACGGUUUCUUUUAAAAGCUCAGAAGCUGGACUGUACACACCUGAAGAACUGCUUGGCAUGRUGCUUAAUUAUUCACGUGGACUGGCUCAAGACUUUGCAGAACAGCCGAUCAAAGAUGCGGUCAUCACGGUCCCGGCCUUUUUUAACCAAGCUGAGCGCAGGGCGGUCCUCCACGCUGCACAGAUGGCAGGUCUGAAGGUCCUGCAGCUCAUCAACGACAACACAGCUGUAGCUCUGAACUACGGUGUUUUCAGGAGGAAGGAUAUCGAUGGCACAGCCAAGAAUAUCAUGUUUUAUGACAUGGGCUCAGGCAGCACCACUGCCACCAUCGUCACCUACCAGACCGUCAAAACCAAAGAAGCUGGCACCCAGCCACAGUUACAGAUCCGAGGAGUGGGGUUCGAUCGUGGGCUCGGGGGCUUUGAGAUGGACCUGCGCCUGCGGGACCACCUGGCCAAAGUUUUCAACGAGCAGAAGAAGAGUCAGAAAGAUGUGAGGGAGAACCACCGGGCCAUGGCCAAGCUCCUCAAAGAGGCACAAAGACUGAAGACGGUGCUGAGUGCAAACAUGGACUUCAUGGCCCAGGUUGAGGGCUUGAUGGAUGAUAUCGACUUCAAAGCAAAGGUAACCCGGACUGACUUUGAGGAGCUGUGUGCUGAUCUGUUUGAACGGGUCCCUCAGCCGGUGCAGGAGGCCCUCGCAGCAGCAGAGAUGAAGUUGAGAGGAGCUGGGGAAAAACAUCAAUGCUGAUGAGGCAGCAGCUAUGGGAGCUGUGUACCAGGCUGCUGCUCUCAGCAAGGCUUUCAAAGUCAAACCUUUCCUGGUCCGAGAUGCAGCUGUGUUCCCCAUCCAGGUGGAGUUUUCCCGGGAGAUGGAGGAGGACGGCGUCAGAACCCUGAAACACAACAAACGCAUCCUGUUCCAGAGGAUGGCGCCGUACCCUCAGAGGAAAGUCAUCACUUUCAAUCGCUACAACACGGACUUCACCUUCAACAUCAACUAUGGAGACCUCAGUUUUCUGAGCCAGAGUGACCUCAGCGUGUUUGGAUCUCCCAACCUGACCACGGUCCGGCUGUCGGGAGUGGGCGACAGCUUUCAGAAACACGCCGACGCCGAGCCUAAAGGAAUCAAAGCUCAUUUCAACAUGGAUGAAAGUGGAGUUCUGCUCCUCGAUCGUAACUGGGUAACACAAUCUCCACCUUGUUUGGAGGAGGAUCCUCUGAACCUGCUCCAAAUGUAACUGAACCUGUGCAGGAAGAAGAGGAAAUCCCUCCAGAGUCUGGGAAGGAUGGCAACAAUGAGGCCCAGAAGGAUGAAAGUAGCAAUGAGCCAAAGGACGAUUCAGAGAAAAGUACAAAUGAAGAAAAAAGUCAGGAGAAGACGGAGGAGGCAGGGAACAAAGCUGACACUAUGGAAGAAAAAGAUGGAGACAAAUCUGAAAACUCUGAGGCAGAGAAGAAGACAAAACCUCAGAAAAGAAGCAAGAUCUCUGAAGACAUCGAAGUGGAGCUCGUUAUCAAUGACAUCGCUGACCCCUCUGCAGAGGACCUCAGCUCCUCUAAAAAGAAACUGCAGGAUCUGACGGACCGAGACCUGGCCAAGCAGGAAAGAGAAAAAGUUAUGAACAGCCUGGAAGCUUUUAUUUUUGAGACGCAGGACAAACUGUACCAGGAGGAUUACCAGCUGGUGGUUUCUGAGGAGGAGAAGGAGCAGAUCUUAGCCAAACUGAGGGAAGCAUCAGAGUGGAUGGAUGAGGAAGGCUACACUGCCACCACUAAGCAGCUGAGAGAGAAGCUGUCUCAGAUCAAGAGCCUGUGUAAGGACAUGUUCUUUAGGGUGGAGGAGCGACGGAAGUGGCCAGAGCGCCUGGCUGCCCUCAACAACCUGCUGAACACCUCGUCGUUCUUCUUGAGGAGUGCCAAACUGAUUCCAGAGGACGACCAGAUCUUUACUGAAGUUGAGUUAAAUAUGCUGGAGAAGAUCAUCAAUGAAACAACACUGUGGAAGAAUGAGACGGUGGCAGAGCAAGACAAGCGAUCGCCUAAAGAGAAGCCGGUCCUGUUGUCCAAAGACAUCGAGUCAAAGCUGGCUCUGUUGGACCGAGAGAUCAACUACUUGCUCAACAAAGCCAAGUUUGCUAAGCCGAAGAAAGUCAAGAAUGCUACGAGCUCCGAGAAAAGRAGCAAGGCCAACAGCACAGCUGAGGAAAAAGACCUACCUUCCAAAGAGAGCCACGAGAACUCAGAUCCACCUCCCACAGAGGAACACGUGGACUCGGACAGUGGAAUAGACCAGACUGAAGAGCAGUCACAUGACCCCCCUCCCACUGAAGAGAGCACUUUACAUCCAGAUUCUGAAAACCAGUCAGAGCCCACUGAGGCAACGAGAACUGCAGAACCUACAAAGAAGACUCCGCCUGAUGAAUUAUAACAGCUGGAACCGGUGUGAGGGUGUGUGUGUGCGUGUGUGUAUGUGCGUGUGUGUGUGUGGGACUAUUUAUUGACUGUAAAAUGUUCAACUUCCCCUCUGGUUUUAUGUUUUCUUUUCUUUGAUCCUGUUCCACCAUUUUUUAAAAUAUUGACAUUGUUAUUAGACUUCCUGGAAGCUGAUUGGUUGAAGAAUCUUCGCCCCUCCUUUGUUUAACAGAAAAGAAUCUGGAGACCAUCUGUGCCAAGAUGAAAGUAGUAUUCACAGGUGGGACGUCCUCAGUCCUGGUACCAGAGACAGAUACUGCGUCCCUAUUGGACGAACUGUUGCCCCCUGUCACUGCUGGUGUGAGCCGUGGGUCUCAUCAGUGCUCUGAGCACACUGCUGUGGUUUUUGUUUUUAUGUUGAUGGACUUGAGAACAUUUUCAGUAAUAAAAUCUGUACCUUUA